AUGAAUAUUAAAUAAUUAGCUACAAAUUUCGAUGUUCUAUAUCGAAGGGUAAAUGACAGAAGCAGAGUAACAGAAGUGAUGUUGGGCCAGCUUUUCGAAAGAUCAGAAGCCGAAGAGAAGUAUCACAAAGCAUUAGAGAAAAUAAGUGGAUAAAUGCAAAAUGGAGGAGGAGACAUUGACGAUUUGGUCAGAGGAGUCAAAAUAGAUCUCAAUCAAAGGGCCCAGUACUAUAAGGUAUGUGGGUAUUUGUAACUAAGCAAUUCAAUUAAUCGUACAAGCAUGAUGUAGAGUAAGCCAUCAAUGAGCUUAGAUAAAUCCAAAGUCAAUUCAAACCACUUAUCCAAGAUGUAUUAAAAAUGGAUAAAGAAAUCAAAAUAACCUGUGACAAGUACGAUCGUCAGAAGGAUAAGACAGUCAGAGCAUCCAAGGAUUAUGAAGAAUCAGCAAUUACAUUAGAAGCAUUGUGUUGGAACAAAGAAUGCAAUAUGGAAUAGAGAACAAAAGCAUAGCACAGAUUAAAUUCUCAAUUGUAAUACAAACAAGAGAAUGAAUCUGUGUUGAGAUAGGCUGCAUCAAUUUAUAAUCAAGCUGUUCAAUCAUAUUGCACUUCUUUGUAGAAUGGAAUUUAGUAACUGACUUCUUCAUAUAAUCAGAUAUUUGCAAUUGCUAAAGUAUAACAAUAUGUUAUUAGGAUAUUGUAAUGAAGAUCUUGGUGUAUGAGAUAUCCAAAACCAGAAAUCUAUAAUAUGAUAGUGAACAGUUCUUUAAAUAGGCUGAGAUAUAUUUAGAUCCCCAAAAUGAUCCAAUAGCUCCAGGUCCCUCAAGUUAGAUAGGAAUUUCUAAGGAGAAUUAUAACAAAGUGAAUUCUCAAUUAAAUUCUUCAUUUUUAAGGAGUAUUGCAGAUAAAAUCUCACUCAAUCAUAGAUUGAAUAUUAAAAGAGAAACUGCUUAAUCCUUAGCAUAAGUUGAAACUCUAGAUUCUUUUGAUUUGUUUCUAGCCAAUCCUGAAUUCAUUGAUGAUUUAAAAGUAGUAACAAUUAAAUUGAUUGGAAAAGUCUACAAUAAAAGCAAACCAAAGAAUGCUGAUGAACAACCAGCUGGGGUUCAAUAAAUGGUAAAUAAAUAUAAAGAUUAAUAUGGUGAAUAAUAGUUAGUUAAUAUUUAUAGUUUCAUCAAAUAUGUGAUUUAAUCAACAUAAGAUCAAUAGAUCAAAGGUUGGAAGAAUAUUCCUGAAUUACAAAAAAAUAAUUUAGACGAAAUUUUUGAGUAAAAGUUCUUUAGAGAAUUGGGCUGCAUCAUUCUUGAAUCAUUUCGACAAGCAGGGUAUUCUUUAGAUGUAUUUAUUAAGUUGCUCCAAUAUAAGUUCAUAUGGAUUCAAAAAUAUGCACAUAUUCACUUAGAAACUAUUAGAAAUAUCAUAAAAGGAGGGAGAAUUAAUUUUAGUUAAAAGAAUUAUCACUAUGAUUUCAACUAUCUACACAAUUGAUGAACAUGAGAAAAGAUUUUUCUUAUAGGAUAGCUUAAUAUCAAUGUAAAUUUGGAAACAAAUUGAUUUAUGGGAAGGGCUAAUAUAUACAACAAUUGAGACAGAAAUAGAUAAAUCAGCUACAACGAAAGAUACAGUUCAAUUUUAAAAUGAAUAGAUAUUGAAGGAUAAAAAUGUUAUUUAUAAUAAUUUAUUGACAUUAACCCUCGAUAUGAUCAAUUUUAAGUAGAUAUAAUUAUUAAAAUUUAGAGUAGAUAAAUAAGAGAUAAAGAAUGUUCUAGUGAAGUAUGCAAGAGUAUUUUAGCUAUAUGAUCUAUAGACAUAGGAACUGAUUAAGUUUGCUGAAAAUGAUGGUAAAAUUGAACCAAAUCAGAAAGUAAAUUCUUUAUCAGUUUUGCAGUCAUUAUAUCAUUAACCUUAAACAAAUUUGAAUCAAUAAGGAAAUAUUGUUUAAACAAAAGUAGUUAUGUUUGAUAAAAAAAACCCAUUGUCAACAAAUUCUAAUAUUCAAGUUUAAAAGCCAAGUAACAAUUAAGUUAAUAUUGGUUCUGAAACACUUUAAAAGGAAGUAAUUUAACCUCAAACUUAAGUUCAAUCAAGCAUUCCAUAAUAAUAAACAACCACUGUAUAAUAAUAACCAAUAACUAUAAUAACAACGUAAACUUAAUAAUAGUAAUAAUAAUAAUAAUAAUAAUAAUAGUAAUAAUAAUAAUAAUAAUAAUAAUAAUAAUAAUAAUAAUAAUAAUAAUAGUAAUAAUAAUAAUAAUAAAAGAUAUCAUAGAAUUCCCCAACUUUAUAAUAAUUAUAGUCUACCUCUCCAUAAUAAUAGGAAUAUGAAUAACCUAAAAUUAGAUAUAAUUAACAUCCUUUAGAAGCACCAAAAGCUAAUUUCUUAAAAAAGUUGCCAUGA